UUUGCAAAGCACGUCUUAGGUUGAUAGCCUUGGAUGUAUUGAAAGCAUUUUUUUUUUCUUAAUUUUUUUUUUUUUUAACUGCCAAAUCGGCAGUCAGUUCUCUAAAGCUCUGGUUAGCGAGACUAUAGGGUUUUAUUCUGGCUGCAGAAUAACUGGCUGGUGUGGCUUUCCAAAGGGGGGCAAAAAGAAAAGAGAGAGAGAGGAGGGAGUACGUGAGUCGUCCAGUGCAAUCUCUAUUGUUUGAAAUUUACUUUUUAUCAGAAUUUGAAGAUGAAAACGGUUAAAGAAUGGCCAUACUGAAGUGACCCAUCACUCUGAGCUUUGCUUAUGAAAAAUUUUAUCAUCAUUAUUCUCUUCGUUUUGGAUCAAGAAAAUGAAUCCAGACAUAGAAGAAAGUACAAGAUGUUGGGAAAAAAUACCUGUUAAACAGUGAAGCAUCUAACAACUCAUUUGCAAGAAGAUUUAAGGAAUUAAAUUUGUUAUGCUUCGAUAUUGGUAUGAUAUUGACUCUCUAGCUCAUAGGUAGCCCUCCAAAAUAUCAUUCAGUUUUCCAAAUUAUGGAAAUUUCGUGGAAAACGUUGACUUGGAUUUUGAGCCUCAUCAUGGCUUCUUCGGAAUUUUAUAGUGACCACAGACUUUCCUACAGUUCUCAAGAGGAAUUCCUGACUUACCUUGAACACUACCAGCUAACUAUUCCAAUAAGAGUUGAUCAAAAUGGAGCUUUUCUCAGCUUUACUGUGAAAGAUGAUAAGCACUCAAGGAGGAGACGAAGUAUGGACCUUAUUGAGCCACAGCAGGCGGUGUCUAAAUUAUUUUUUAAACUUUCAGCCUAUGGCAAGCACUUUCACCUAAACUUGACUCUCAAUACAAAUUUUGUGUCUAAACAUUUUACAGUAGAAUACUGGGGGAAAGAUGGACCCCAGUGGAAACAUGAUUUCUUAGACAACUGUCACUACACAGGAUACUUGCAAGAUCAACGCAGCACAACUAAAGUGGCUUUAAGCAACUGUGUUGGAUUGCAUGGUAUUAUUGCUACAGAAGAUGAAGAAUAUUUUAUUGAGCCUCUAAAGAAUACCACAGAGGAUUCCAAACAUUUUAGUUAUGAAAAUGGCCAUCCUCAUGUUAUUUACAAAAAGUCUACACUCCAGCAACGGCAUAUCUAUGAUCAUUCUCAUUGUGGGGUUUCAGAUCUCACCAGAAAUGGCAAGCCUUGGUGGCUGAAUAAGACGUCUUCUGCUUUUUCCUCUUUACUACCAAUUAAUGACACACAUAUUCACGGCAGACAGAGAAGAUCUGUGAGCACUGAGAGAUUUGUGGAGACCCUGGUAGUGGCCGACAAAAUGAUGGUGGGCUACCAUGGCCGUAAAGACAUUGAACAUUAUAUUUUGAGUGUGAUGAAUAUUGUUGCCAAACUUUACCGUGACUCCAGUCUAGGAAACGUUGUGAAUAUUAUAGUGGCUCGCUUAAUUGUUCUCACAGAAGAUCAGCCAAACUUGGAGAUAAACCAUCAUGCAGACAAGUCCCUCGAUAGCUUCUGUAAGUGGCAGAAAUCCAUUCUCUCCCACCAAAGUGAUGGAAACACCAUUCCAGAAAAUGGGAUUGCCCACCACGAUAAUGCAGUUCUUAUUACUAGAUAUGAUAUCUGCACUUAUAAAAAUAAGCCCUGUGGAACAUUGGGCUUAGCCUCCGUGGCUGGAAUGUGUGAGCCUGAAAGGAGCUGCAGCAUUAAUGAAGACAUUGGCCUGGGUUCAGCUUUUACCAUUGCACAUGAGAUUGGUCACAAUUUUGGUAUGAACCAUGAUGGAAUUGGAAAUUCUUGUGGGACGAAAGGUCAUGAAGCAGCAAAACUUAUGGCAGCUCAUAUUACUGCAAACACCAACCCCUUUUCCUGGUCUGCCUGCAGCCGAGACUACAUCACCAGCUUUCUAGAUUCAGGCCGUGGUACUUGCCUUGAUAAUGAGCCUCCCAAGCGUGACUUUCUUUAUCCAGCUGUGGCCCCAGGUCAGGUGUAUGAUGCUGAUGAGCAAUGUCGUUUCCAGUAUGGAGCAACAUCCCGCCAAUGCAAAUACGGGGAAGUGUGUAGAGAGCUCUGGUGCCUUAGCAAAAGCAACCGCUGUGUCACCAACAGUAUUCCAGCCGCCGAGGGGACAUUGUGUCAGACUGGGAACAUUGAAAAGGGGUGGUGUUAUCAGGGAGACUGUGUUCCUUUUGGCACUUGGCCUCAGAGCAUAGAUGGGGGCUGGGGUUCCUGGUCGCUGUGGGGAGAGUGCAGCAGGACCUGCGGGGGAGGCGUCUCUUCAUCCCUAAGACACUGUGACAGUCCAGCACCUUCAGGAGGUGGAAAAUAUUGCCUUGGAGAAAGGAAACGAUAUCGCUCUUGCAACACAGAGCCAUGCCCUUUGGGUUCCCGAGAUUUUCGAGAAAAACAGUGUGCAGACUUUGACAAUAUGCCUUUCCGGGGAAAGCAUUAUAACUGGAAACCCUAUACUGGAGGUGGGGUAAAACCUUGCGCUUUAAACUGCCUGGCUGAAGGUUACAAUUUCUACACUGAGCGGGCCCCUGCAGUCAUAGAUGGAACCCAGUGCAAUGCUGACUCCCUGGAUAUCUGUAUCAAUGGAGAAUGCAAGCAUGUAGGUUGUGAUAAUAUUUUGGGAUCUGAUGCUAGGGAAGAUAGGUGCCGAGUCUGUGGUGGGGACGGAAGUACCUGUGAUGCCAUUGAAGGCUUCUUCAAUGACUCAUUGCCCAGAGGAGGUUAUAUGGAAGUGGUGCAGAUACCAAGAGGUUCUGUUCAUAUUGAAGUACGAGAAGUUUCCAUGUCAAAAAAUUACAUUGCUUUAAAAUCUGAAGGGGAUGAUUACUAUAUUAACGGUGCCUGGACUAUUGACUGGCCUAGGAAAUUCGAUGUUUCUGGGACAGCUUUCCACUACAAGAGACCAACAGAUGAACCAGAAUCCUUGGAAGCCCUAGGACCCACCUCUGAAAACCUCAUUGUAAUGGUUCUACUCCAAGAACAGAAUUUGGGAAUUAGGUACAAGUUCAACGUUCCCAUCGCUCGUCCUGGCAGCGGAGAUAAUGAAGUUGGCUUUCUGUGGCAUCAUCAGCCCUGGUCAGAAUGCUCAGCUACCUGUGCUGGAGGUGCCCAAAGACAAGAAGUGGUCUGUAAAAGACUGGAUGACAACUCCAUCGUCCAGAACAAUUUCUGUGACCCUGACAGUAAGCCACCUGAAAAUCAAAGAGCCUGCAACACUGAGCCCUGUCCACCUGAAUGGUUCAUUGGAGACUGGCUGGAGUGCAGCAAGACUUGCGAUGGGGGGAUGCGCACGAGGGCUGUGCUCUGCAUCAGGAGGAUCGGACCAUCUGAGGAGGAGACGCUGGACUACAGGGAUUGUUUAACACACCGGCCUGUGGAGAAAGAGUCCUGCAACAACCAGUCAUGUCCACCUCAGUGGGUAGCUUUGGACUGGUCUGAAUGUACUCCGAAAUGUGGUCCAGGAUUCAAGCAUCGGAUUGUUCUGUGCAAGAGCAGUGACCUUUCUAAAACAUUCCCAGCUGCACAGUGUCCAGAGGAGAGCAAGCCUCCUGCUCGCAUCCGCUGUAGUCUGGGCCGCUGCCCUCCUCCCCGCUGGGUGACAGGAGACUGGGGCCAGUGCUCUGCUCAGUGUGGCCUUGGACAGCAAAUGCGAACUGUCCAGUGUCUCUCCUAUACUGGGCAGGCAUCUGUUGACUGUCCGGAAACUGUACGGCCUCCGUCCAUGCAGCAGUGUGAAAGCAAGUGUGAUAGUACUCCUAUCUCCAGUACUGAAGAGUGCAAAGAUGUGAACAAAGUGGCAUAUUGCCCACUGGUGCUGAAGUUCAAGUUCUGCAGUCGAGCAUACUUCAGACAGAUGUGCUGUAAGACCUGCCAAGGACAUUGACCCACGGAAAGCCAGCGAGUCCUGUCACUUCAUCGUGGAAAUGCGUCCAUCAAAGAGAGCCACCCAGAGGAUGAGGAUUGAUGUCCUUACAAAAGCAUUACCCUGUGGAAAAUGUAACCACUGGUCAGCCCCAGCUGACAGGAUUUCAAUAUUAUUUUAACUUCUGUGAAGUGGGAUUUAUUGAUCCAAAGUGCUGGACACGGUAUUAGGAGGGAAUGCCAGAUCUGAGAGAUCCAGACAACGCAGGGAGACUCGCUUACUGUGGAACGUUUGUGUUCUUUCGAGUAAAUCUAAUAGCCUGUUUACCUCCUUGGACCAUUAAGAUAAUUUUUAUUAUGGCCUUAGCAAUGACACUGAAUCCAUUUGUAUUUAAGACUGUUUAAAAUGUAGUUAUUAUGACUUGGUCAACUAUGGAAGUAGAGGAGAUUCAGAAUUCUGAAGUCAUAGCUUAAAAUAUUUUCUAUACUUUAUCUCACCACAGUAGCAGCACAAUUUAAAUUAUAAAAUGGGCUUGGAACUGUAAUUUAAGAAACAGUUAUAAAUCAAAAGUAAUGAAAGUUUGUAUUAUUUUUCUUUAUCACACUUGAUUUCCUUAGGACUAACCCCCUGUUCUGAACACUGCUGUGAGCCAUGUAUAAAGCUCUAUUAAACUGAACAGCGAGGGACUUGGGUUGAAGCCGUGCGGCCAUCCGCUGCAGCUGUGUGAGUCUAUAAAUUCAGUGCUAAGAGACUGUGGCCAACUUGCCAUUGUGCGAGUGAAGCUGAGAUUUCCAUUAAAACUUUAAGAGAAAACCAUUUCCAUUUCAUGCCGAAGCCAGACCUAGGGUAUGGCAGAGACUGAAGUACCAGGCCCGUCGCAGCCAUCCCACAGGAUGCCUUACUUCUUGUUUGAGUCACCUGACUCCUUAGUGUUUACAUCCCCACCAGCCACAGAUCAGCUCUGCCCGGUUGGACUGUUGCACGCAUGCUAAGCUUAUGGAGAUGAUGCCAUGCAAAAGACAGGCUGGCUUAGGAAAGCCAGGCGGGCCCUUUUGCAAUUUGCUGACAAUACGAUGGGUUCCAGAUGUCCCUUCUUUGAUAUGGUAGAAGGGCAUUUAUUUAUAUGAGAGCAAGUGUGUACGUGUGUGUGUGUGUGUGUGUGUGUGUGUGUGUGUGUGAGAGAGAGAGAGAGAGAGAGAGAGAGAGAGAGAGAGAGAGAGAGAGAGAGAGAGAGCAGGUGCUCCCGAAUGUGGGGACAGAUGAGUUUGCUUGCAUAUAAAUGUGCUAUUUCUGUGAGUUUUAAAGUAGGGAAGGAUAACAGCCAAAGAAGGAAAGCUCAUGGAGAUCACAAAGUAGAAGUUUAAUAGUCACCCAACCAAGAAACGGUUAUGGAUAUUCUAAAUGGCAAUUAAAUGUGAAACCUGGUUUCCUGGGCAAGUCAAGUUCUAAGAUCACUUCUGACUGAAUUGAGGAGACUAGCUUAGGUCUUCCCAUCUUUCAGCUUCAGAACUUGCCGUCAAAAGACUCUACAGCUAGAUUUUUUUUAAGGGUACUUGUUUAUUGAUACUUUGUACUUGAACACUUGUAGCUUGUAGCAGGUCUUUGGUGACUGUGCUUUAUGUCUAGCACACCUCCUUAGUCCUUCAUGUAUGUGCACGUGUGUGCACAUAUGUGCCCCAUGCAUACACAAUCAUCUGAAACACAAACUAAAUGGCUACUUUGUAACAAAGAGAAUCUUUUCAUUCAAGAGGAUGUCUCACUUAUACCUACCAUUGUGCUCUGAAAUUACACUUCAGUGGGUCACAUAUGUGGUGACCUUAGAAGAAACACAGUCACCGAAAGCCCCCUCAGCUUCUGGCUUGCUGUGUACAGCUGCCCGGGAUGUUACCCCACACUCCAGAGUACCCAGCCACAUACCGUCCCCUGCUUCUCUCUCAAUACCAUCCCCAAGUUUUCCAGAGGAGGCUUUUAAUAAAACAAAAACUAUUGUCAAGACCUCCAUCUAACUGCCCUGAGAAGACCAGCCCAAGUGUCAUGUAGCCAUUCCAUUAAAGGAAGGCCCAUGGAAGCCUGGCCUAGACUUGAAUUCCCUUGGUCCUUUUCAAGGGACAGUUAACUUGGUGCUAAUGUGCCCUGGUGAAAUAAGGAAGACUCAGUGAUUCCUGGGACAGUUUACACAUAGGCUUGCUGUCCAGAUCUGAUUGUUACCAACAUAAAUAUUCGCUCAUGCUUUUAUUUCAAGAAGACUUCUUAUAGUACCUGUAAGAAGCUGUAUUUACCUCACUGGGAAGCUAACAUCACAAGGGCUGUCCCCCAGGUACUGUGCAGGGCCUGCCUCAGCUGCUGCUGAGGGGAGAGAUCAGCCCAUGUUCCCUCCAGGACGUGCGCUGCCGGCACUGAGGGUGGGCUACAGCCUUCCACAGGGGAGCAAAGCAUGCAUGUAUCAGGAUUCAGUGUUUUCCGUUAGACCCUGAAUUGAAAUAUGAGCAGGUUAAACAAAACAAAAAGCGUCUUCCAUAAUGCAUCCCAACACCGAUGUUGCUGUUGCCACCACCUGUGGCUGCACAAAUCUCUGUUCUACAUGGUAACAGAAGGCACACCAAAAGUUGUGAGCUAUAUUGACUACUUAGGGUACAAGAGUACCCAUGGCUGGGAACAGUGUCCGCCACUGGUAUAAAGGCCCUACCCAAAAAGAACGUUAAACGUACCCAAGUGAUUAAACCCCUAAAGACAGGUAUGGUUUCCCAAUAGUCCAUUUCAUUAGGCAUUUAUGUAUUCGAGUGAAUGUCUCAUAGGUAUCCUUAAUAAUACAGAACAAAAUUACCUUUGUAUUAUUGUGAUUAGUUGUUGCUUAUUUUAUACUCAGUAUUAAUGUGGUACACUGUUACUUUUUUGCUUUUGUAAAUUAUAUUCUAAUUUAUUGCCAUGUUUCCUAACACCUGUCCUUUAUUCAUUCCCUGCUUGUAAUGAAAAUGAAAGUCAUUUAACACUUGAUGGAGUGAAAUUUCAUACCAGGCACAGAUUUUUUUUAACAUAGAUAAUUCAGUAAAUAAUAAAAUUUCAGCUUGUAAAAAUGA